CCCGCCAUAGUAAUCCUCAGGUUCGAAUUCAAACAUAAAUCUCGGAAAAUGCCAUCCUCCGCCGGAGCUGAGAACGCCGCCGUCGCCGCCGUCGCCGCCUCCCAGCCCCACCGCUUCACUCCGUUCAGAGAUGAGGAUGACGACGAUUUCCAGAACCCCUGCACUGUCAGCUCGCAGAGCCAGCUCGCCAAGUCCUCCCACCGCGUCAGCUCACGGAAGCCACUGAGACCCUCCAACAGCUCGGCCAUUGCGCGGCCUCCCAGGAAGAGGCCAAGGCAAUCUCCAGCUGCCCCAGGGAAGGAGAACGCCAGCUCCGGUAAGUCCGCCAAUCGGAAGGCUGCUAAUCUGUCUGCUCUGAGCAAGGACCGCGAAUCGAACUCGGUUGGUUCAGCUUAUGAUUUGGGUUUAAAUUCGAUUGAUGCGAACAAUGUUGAAACUUGCUUGGAAAGGGAUUCGAGCAAAGAAUACAAUUUGAAUGUAAUCGAUUCUGGCGAGAAUUUGAGUUUGGAUUUGAUUGAUUCGGGCAUCAAUCGUGCUAGUUUGACGCAUAUUAAUGAGAGGAAGGUUCUUGAUCGAGAAACAGACGGGGUGAAUUUAUGCAGUUUGAUUGAGUCCAGGUUGAUUGCAGGGACAUUAGACGCUGGCAGUGAGACAUGCCCGGUAUUCAGUGAAAAAGCUAGGAUUUUGUCCGAUUUAAGCCCAGGGCAUGAUUUAAAUGACCAUGAUUCGCUCGAGGGCUGCAGCUUGGAUUUGAUAAAGUCGAGCAUUGAGUGCACAGAUUUGAUCAGAGAUGGGGAUGUAGAAGACAACUGUGGCAAAAUUAGUGGGAGGCAAGUUUUAGCGGUGGAAGGCAAUGGGAAUUAUUUAGUCAAUUCGAUCGAGUCUAGGCUAAUGGCUGGUCAGAGGUUAGCCUGUAACGAUAAGGAGUUUGAUGGGGUUGAGGAAUCAUGCGAGGAAUUUGAGGGUGGUGCAGAGUUUGAUGUGUUACUUAAGCUUUGUUCCGAGGUAGACCAAAAAGAUGUUGAUUUGGUUUACUGCCCUUUAUGCGGAGUUGACAUUUCGGACUUGAGCGAAGAGUCGAGGCAGCUUCACACCAAUGAGUGUCUUGACAAGGAUGACGACCAAUCCGAGGAAGUUCUUGUCCCCGACCAUGAGAAUGGAACUUCAGAUUCUGUGCAGAUGGUAAAUGAUGGAUCUGUCCCGUUAUAUCCUGCGCAGGUUGUCGAUGUCAAUCCUGUUCUGGGAUGGUUACACAGUCUUGGCUUAGAGAGAUAUGAAGAAGCUUUCGUGAGGGAAGAGAUCGACUGGGACAGCUUACAGUGGUUGACAGAAGAGGAUCUUUGCAACAUAGGUAUCAACGCUCUCGGUCCGAGGAAGAAGAUCAUGCAUGCUAUUAACCAACUCAGAAAACGCGACACUAGAGAAGCCGAUGAGAAUAUUGUCGAACCUGGAAAUAAGAAGAUUCAUGGUGUAGGUACAGGAAAAAACAGCGGCUCUGAAGUAGUUGUUGCUGAUAACACUAAAACCAAGUUGAUUACAGAUUAUUUUAUGGGUUCUCUCUCUGACAAGACAACUAGAAAAAGUUCUGUUGCACAAGGAAAAGCAAAAGAAAAGAUAGGUUCCAGUCGUAAAUGUGCUAAGCAGAGAAAUGGUGCUCCUAAGGGUAAACGAAGUGAAAUUCCAGCAUGGUGUUUCAUACCAGGAACACCAUUUCGAGUGGAUGCUUUUCGGUACCUUAGAAGAGAUUGCUCCCACUGGUUUCUCUCUCACUUUCAUAUGGACCAUUAUCAAGGUCUAACUAGGUCCUUCUGUCAUGGAAAAAUCUAUUGCUCUGAGAUCACUGCAAAACUUGUGAAUAUGAAGAUUGGUAUCCCUUGGGACAGACUGCAAGUCUUACCUCUUAACGAAAAGAUCAGCAUUGCUGGCAUAGACGUGACUUGCUUUGAUGCAAACCAUUGUCCAGGUUCCAUAGUAAUACUCUUUGAACCACCUAACGGCGAGGCAGUGUUGCAUACUGGAGAUUUUCGAUUCUCUGAAGAAAUGGUUGCAAAUCCUCUUCUGCAAGCAUCUCGUAUCCAUACACUGAUCCUCGAUACCACAUAUUGUCAAGCUCAGUACGACUUUCCGAAGCAAGAGGCAGUUGUACAGUUUGUACUUGAGGCCAUCCAAGCUGAAGCAUUCAACCCGAAAACUCUUUUUCUCAUCGGGAGCUACACAAUUGGGAAAGAGAGACUAUUUAUGGAGGUUGCACGUGUAUUACGCAAGAAAGUUUAUGUUGGAGCCGCAAAGCUGAGAAUCUUACAGUGCUUCGGGUAUGCUAAGGAAGAUUUGCAGUGGCUCACAGUGAAUGAACAGGAAAGCCAUAUCCAUGUCGUGCCCAUGUGGAUGCUCGCAAGCUUCAAGAGACUAAAGCAAAUUGCAAACCAAUAUCUGGGACGAUUCAGCCUCAUCGUCGCCUUCUCACCAACAGGAUGGUCUUUCGGCAAAGGAAAGAAGAAGGGCACGGGUAGAAGGUUUCAACAAGGUACCAUCAUAAGGUAUGAGGUGCCAUAUAGCGAACACUGCAGCUUCUCCGAACUGAGAGAGUUCGUGAAGUUCAUAUCACCGGUGAACAUAAUCCCUAGCGUCAAUAACGAUGGACCCGAUUCGGCUGAUGCCAUGAUUUCCCUCCUCUUGUCGUGAUCGCGGACUCCAAUGAAUCCCCUUCUUUAUCUCCAUCCACCUGAUGCUGGCCGCAAGAAAAGCAGUUCGACCUCAAGGUUUUGAACUCUUUCCUGAUCGUCGGAGAUCCCAAAUUUAUUUGUUGUGUGUCAAAUGAGGGGCUACUGUAGAGAUCAUGUGUUUAUGUGGCAAGGAAGAUGUAGCUAAGAUGUCUGAAUAUUGAGAAAAGUUGUAAUUUAACUGGUCGGAAUCCGGAUCAUAUUACAAAGAUCCGAUCCAUCUGACUCUCGAUAGAAUCUGUCUCAGGGAUUUCCACAUAA